GAGGACAAAAAAGGUUGCAUGCUCAGCUCUCAGGUGUAACAGAACCUCUAAAACUGUUCAUAAAUAAAGCCAGAAAAGAGUCAAUAAUAAACACUACUCUGUAGAUAAAACCAAUGUUUAUUUAAUCUCUCUGGUAAUGGUCUUGGAUAUAAAUUGCUUUUGGUCUACUUCUUCACUGUAUCUGUUUGGGUUUUUGUUCUCUUGUUGCUGCAUGCAGACUAAUGGAUUCUGAGUGAUUCUUCCCCUUCUCAGUUUUCUGGGGUUUGAAAUUGAUUCCUGGAUUGGUUGAUUGCUGCUUGUGAAUCAUUGGGCUUUGUGCAUUUCAAAGAUUAGGACUUUAGUUUUUGGUGUGGUGAAUAGAGGUUUUGGAACUGAUUUCUGGAUUGGUUGAUUGCUAGUUGUGAAUCAUUUGGCUUUGUGCAUUUCAAGAUUAGCACUUUAGCUUUUGGUGUGGUGAAUGGUAACCCAUGGGAUGGGAUCUCAGGGGGGAGUUGGUGGUGGAAAAGAAGCAAAGCCGAAUGUUUUGGCUAGGCAAGGAUCACUCUACAGCCUCACUCUUGAUGAGGUUCAGAAUCAAUUGGGGAAUUUUGGGAAACCACUAAACAGCAUGAAUCUUGAUGAGCUUGUUAAAACUGUAUGGACUAUUGAGGCUAGUCAAGAAUUGGGGGGAAAUGAUUAUGGGGGAGCGCAGCACCGGACUAAUUCCCUGCAUCGACAAUCAUCGGGCAUUACAAUGUCCACAGAUCUCAGCAAGAAGACUGUUGAUGAGGUGUGGCAGGAUAUUCAACAGGGGCAAAAAAGGGAUGGUAGUAUUGAUAAGAGAAGUCAGGAGAGACAACUUACUUUUGGUGAGAUAACUCUGGAGGAUUUCUUGGUCAAGGCUGGAGUGAUUGCAGAGUCGACCCAAGGCAGGAGAAUUUCGGGUUUAGUUUUAGGGGUUGAUUCAAUGUCAUUGGCACAGCAAGCUCAGUGGCCACAUUAUCAAAUUCCCACAAUGCAUCAGGCACCGGAACAACAGCUUCAACAACAACAGAAUAUCGUACCAGUUUUUAUGCCAGGCCAUCCGGUUCAACAGCCUUUACCUGUUGUUGCUAACCCAAUUGUGGAUCCCGAAACUCAGAUGACAAUGUCUCCAUCACAUCUAAUGGGAACAUUAUCGGACACACAAACAUCUGGAAGAAAGCGGGUUGCUCCAGAGGAUGUGAUCGAAAAGAGUGUCGAAAGGAGGCAGAAGAGGAUGAUCAAAAAUAGGGAAUCUGCAGCUCGGUCGCGAGCAAGGAAGCAGGCUUACACCCAUGAACUAGAGAACAAGGUUUCACGGCUUGAAGAGGAGAAUGAAAGACUUAAAAGACAGAAGGAGAUCGAGAAGAUUUUACCAAGUGUGCCACCCCCAGAGCCAAAGUAUCAGCUUCGCAGAACAAGUUCGGGCCCUAUCUGAGAUAUAACUUCAUGUAGAUGCUUUUAAUGUCAGCAGCUAAUCGCACUCUUUCACCUCUCCUUUGUUCUUGCUCAAUGGGAACCUCUUCUAGUGAUUCCUAGUUGAUGUGAUUCCCUUGGCUGUGUGUAUUCCCCUUGAUAAUGUAAUGUGUCCCUUUAUAUAAAUUUUAAUAGUUUGGACA